UGAGGUAGGCCAAGCAGGAGACGAUUCCACCCUGGUUCUGGACACUUCAAAAAGACGUAAGGGGUACCGAGGAGAUUCCUUUAGGCCUAUUUACUGGGUACCUGGACAACACUGAAGAUUCACCAUAGAAUGAGGCUUUGCCUCUUACCUGUCCUUUUUCCUGCUUUCUGAAGCACAUCAUUCAACAUGGGAGAAGUUCAAAAGGGGUUUUUCUCAGUCCUACAGAAAUUAAAAGGAACCACAGAACAGGAACUUCGGAUAGUCCUUCUGGGUCUAGACAACGCUGGCAAAACAACGCUGCUAAAACAGCUUUCAUCCGAGGAUGUCAACACCAUUACUCCUACACAGGGCUUCAACAUUAAGAGUCUCACGUCUCACGGAAUGAAACUGAACGUGUGGGACAUUGGAGGACAGAGGAAGAUUCGGCCCUUCUGGAAGAAAUAUUUGGAAAAAACAGAUUUGUUGAUAUAUGUCAUAGACAGUACAGACAAGAAGCGGUUUGAAGAAACUGGACUGGAGCUGUCAGAGCUGAUCGAUGAGGAGAACCUGAAGGGGGUUCCCGUGCUCAUCUUUGCCAACAAGCAGGACCUGUCCACGGCCUCGCCUGCCAGCGAGAUUGCAGAGGGCCUGAACCUUCACACAUUACGCGACCGGGCGUGGCAGAUCCAGGCCUGCUCAGCUUUCUCUGGAGAGGGAGUACAGGAUGGCAUGAACUGGAUUUCCAACAACAUUGUGAAUAGGAAGAAAGCUGACUAAACCCUGAAUAUCCAACAUGCUGCUUUCUAAACACAUACUUUUGUGUGUUUCAUGACAACUCUGUACAUAUGUUGACACCCAAUGCAAUGGUGACAGGUUUUAUAGAUGAAGCUAUCUAUCUGAAGAUGCCCCAAAACAUUUGAGAUCUUGCUGGCUUCUCAAAUCCAGCCACAGGAAAAUGGAUUGAAGGAGGGGGUCACAACAGAAACAAUCAACAAGAGAAAAAACACUUAACUUCCAGUCCCAUGAACGGUUAUUGCCAAUGCUCUGGAAUGAUACUUAUUUGAUUUAGUCUAUGGAAGAAAACUAUUCUUGAAGAGUACAAGUAAUCCAAGGGACAGAGCAUUUCAUGGGUAAAUAGUCCCACAAAAACAUAUCUCUUUAGUUUUAGGCACAUGAAUAAGGCAAAAUUCAUACACUAAGAAAAAAAGGUUACAUUUUGUAGUUUCACUGUUUAUACAUUAUUUGUUUAUUGUGUGAAUUGAGACUGUGAUAUAAAAUAAAUAUUGAAUUGGCAGAAUCUGCUCAUA